AUGGCCGACAAGGCCCUUUCUGUUGCAGGCGGCCAUGUCAAGGCUCGUGAGAUCAGCAUUCCCAUGCGGGAUGGAAGGCAGUCCCGGGCCUUACUUUACCAGCCGACGAAGCAAGCUGAGACACCAAAGCCCCUUAUUGUACUUAUACAUGGGGGUGGCUUCUGCUACGGGUCUGCAGACAUGGAAGCUGGGAACUGCAUCCGAGCUGUAGAGGCAUAUGGCUGUGUUGCACUCAGCCUCAGCUAUCGUCUGGCCCCGGAAGCCAAGUUUCCUGCUGCGACGGAUGAUUGCUGGGAUGCUUUCAAAUGGAUCACCAAGCAUGCAGAAGAGCUGGAAGCAGAUUUAUCGAAGGGCUUUAUCCUCGGAGGUACAUCUGCGGGUGGUAACAUCGCAAGUGUACUCUCCCACCUUGCUCUGGAUGAGCAUGUCUUGCCACCUCUCACUGGUCUAUACCUGAAUGUCCCCUUGUUGCUCGCGCCAGAGGCGGUUCCCGAGAAAUGGAGUGAACUUUACAAAAGCCGACAGCAGAACUCCCAAUCACCAGUUCUUAACAAGGCCUUCAUGGAUAUGUACACAGAGGCAUAUGCUGCUGAUGUCCAAUCCCAUGUAUGGAGCCCCUUUAAUUGGCCCGGCGGCCACCAAGGUCUCCCGGCCACUUAUUUCCAAGUAUGCGGGUUAGAUGUGCUCCGGGACGAAGCUCUGAUCUACGAGAAAGUGCUGCGAGAGGAGUGCGGUACUCCAACAAAGGUGAACUUGUACCCUGGCUUGCCUCAUAUGUUUGUUCCAAACUUCCCAACGCACUCUUCUAGCAUAAAAUACCCCGAGGAUACCACGAAAGGACUGGGUUGGCUAUUAAGUUUCACCAGUUGA